CUCAUGGCAGCCAUCAUCUUCAUCAGUAUGGGAGUCAUCGCUUCCUUCUUCUGUGCCAUCGUGGACGGAAUCAUCGCGGCUGAGUUCAUAGACAGGAGGCCUCUGCUGGAGGACAGGUGUGAGUUCUACGCCAGUGGAUCAGGGUACGCCUACGACAACUAUUAUACUGAGGUGAUGUGCAGCUCAUUCAACAGUGAGUGUAAAGUGAGAAUGAAGAGCAACACCUGCUACUGCUGUGACCUGUACAACUGUGAGAGUCCAGACCUCCAUACCCAUUACUAUGAGUUCACGGGGGUGAGUAGCUGCUGGGAUGUGGUCCAGCUCCAUCGUCUGCUGUGGGUCUGUGUGGUGCUCAACACAAUGGGCCUGUUCCUGGGAAUCAUCACAGCUGCUAUACUGGGGGCUUACAAGGACCUGGCUCCUGCCACCCAGAUGUCCCCCAGUCCCCGCCCCACCCCCCAUAUCAUGUAUAACCCCACCCAGCAUGUGGUGACCUACGCUGGCUUCUGCCCCAACGGACAGGCCCUGCCCGCCUACCCCAACUACCCCGCUUUGCCCAUGCAGCACCACAGCAGUUACCAGGCCCCCUCCACCCCCCAGCCCGGCCUGGAGAUGACCCUAACCCCCUCCUCUCCGUCAGAGGAGAGCCAGAGCCAGCCUUCCGCCCAGGCCCCCAGCCAGCCCACCUUCCAGACUGGCUCCCAGGACCCUGGUCAGGGUUACAUGCUAACACCCAACGCCCCUGCCCUCUACCCUGGCCCCGUCUACGGGCCCUCCGGCUUCGAGAAGCCCCCUCCUUAUGCAUGCUGA